ACAAAUGUCGUGAUGUCCCCCCCUGAGCCGCCUCUUAGCCAGAAGAGGAAGAAAGACAAGGCGGUCAUCAAGAAGAAGAAGAAGAAGAAGAAGAAGAAGAAGAAGAAGAAGAAGAAGAAGAAGAAGAAGAAGAAGAAGAAGAAGAAGAAGAAGAAGAAGAAGAAGAAGAAGAAGAAGAAGAAGAAGAAGAAGAAGAAGAAGAAGAAGAAGAAGAAGAAGAAGAAGAAGAAGAAGAAGAAGAAGAAGAAGAAGCGUCUGAAGAACGAUGAUGAGGCCGUAGACGUGCGCGGCACUAUGGAUGGAGAUUGUAAUUCAGAGUAGGUAGGAUCGUUUUGGCCUAAUGAU